AUGUUGGACUUGGACCGGAUACUGGAGGACGUGAAGGAGUGCCGGACGGUGCCGGAGCAGGACGUGCAGGAGAUGUGUCUGCUCGGACAGGAGCUGCUCAUACAGGAGGCAAACAUCCAUGUGAUCGAGGCGCCGGUGGUGGUGUGCGGGGACAUCCACGGGCAGCUGCACGACCUGGUGACGCUGUUCAAGAUCGGGCAGGAGCCGCCGGCGAGCAAGUACCUCUUUCUGGGGGACUUUGUCGACCGGGGGUUCUACUCGCUGGAGACGUUUCUGCUGCUGCUGGCGUACAAGCUCAAGUACCCGAGCCGGGUGUUUCUGAUCCGCGGGAACCACGAGUCGAGGCAGAUCACGUCGGUGUACGGCUUCUACGACGAGUGUGUGCGCAAGUACAGCAGCGCCAACGUCUGGCGCUACUGCUGCGAGCUGUUCGACUACCUCUCGUUGGGGGCGUACGUCGUGGGCAGCCGCGGCGGCCGGGACGGCGUCUUCUGCGUCCACGGCGGCUUGAGCCCGAGCCUCGAGUGUCUGGACGAGAUCCGCCUCAUCGACCGCAAGCAGGAGGUUCCGCACGACGGCAGCAUGUGCGACCUGCUCUGGUCCGACCCGGAGAAGGACAUCCAGGGCUGGGCCCUGUCUCCGCGGGGGGCCGGCUACCUCUUUGGCGAGACCGAGACCCGCCGCUUCCUCCACGUCAACGGCCUCUCGCUCGUCGCCCGGGCCCACCAGUUGGUCAUGGAGGGCUACCGCGAGCUGUUUGCCGGCGGCUUGGUCACCGUGUGGUCUGCUCCGAACUACUGCUACCGCUGCGGCAACGUCGCCGUCAUUCUGCGCCUCGACGACGCCCUCUCCCGCGAGUACACCACCUUCGAGAGCAGCUACACCGCCGACCAGCCGCUUGCCGCCGGGCCCUCCGCCGCCACCAACACUGCUGCCGUCGGCGAGCUCCCCAGCAAGCGCCCCGUCGUGGACUACUUUCUCUGA